AUGGCCCCAGGCCGACCCAUACGACCCAGGGUUGGGUCGGAUGGAUUCGUUGGCGUGCAGGCACGCACGCCAAUCCGCACCUGGCGUGCGCCAGGGGGGCUGGCGUGCGCUUAUCAACCCCCAAAAGAGUGGGCUGAGAACACUGGGGCCGGAAUCGAGGAAGGUGAUAACCUCCCCACCCUGGCUGAGAUUUUGGAGAAAAAAUGCCCCUGUUACGAUCGUAUGUACAGCAUUUUUGGAGGGAAAGCGAACGUUACUCCGCUUGCUCAAUUUGACUCAGGUGUGGGAGCCGACCUCUAUAUGAAUGCCGAUGAUACCGAAAACCCGCAAGAUCGUGAAUCGUCGCCGGAGCAAGAGUCACGCAGAGGAUCGGUCUUGCAUGAGGAACUCCCUGAUCUAACCCUGCCAACAUUGGACGGUGACCUCAGCCUGGCCGAUGAUGUCCUUCCCCCACCCCUCAACUUCAGUGGCGCUGCCCUUACCCCCUCCCCUGGCCUGGCCACCCCGCGGUUCUUAGCUGGUGUGAACGUUCGGUCCUCUGGUGCGGCCUUGGGACCCCCACACGUGCAAACAAGUACCCCGGACUCGCCUCACCCUGGUCAAGGAGACGGUAUACUUGCAGGACGCCGUUCUUUUGCAAAUCAACGUUCGACUGAUGCCAGCCCAGCAGGUCCCCCCAGGGGCGUCAAUCCUCGAGCCCGAUCCACUCUUGCUUCGGCCUUUGAAAACUCUAACUCGGAGAAGUUUGUGUACCUGAAGGAGCACAUGCAGUGGGAGAAGGAGAAGGAGGAAAAUCGACUUAAAUGGGAAAAGGAAAGGUACAACAAAGAGGCGGCAGUGGCCAAAGACGGGCUUCAGGGGCAGAUGAAACUGGCCGAAUCAAAGUUGAAGGCUGCACAAGAGUGGAUCAGCCAAGGCAAGUCGCACACAGAGGUCGAAGGCCUACUGAAAGCCAUAUAUGGAUGA